UCAAUAUAACAAUUAACAAAUAACACUGCGUGCAAUAACAACCAGAAAACAAUAAAAAACUUUUAGUGGGUAUUCUUUUGUUCGAAUAUAAAAGUGAAGUUUUUGUUAAAUAAGCAGAUUAAGGAUAAUGGAGAGAAGGGAUGAUAGAAUCUCGGAUGUGUUAAUUCAAGAAAUAGAUGAGGGACAACGAUGCUUAGACUGCAAAAAUAAUUGCGUAGGAUUCAAACCACAUCCAUGGAGAACUGUAUGCGAUAACUGUAAAUGCGAACGUGAAUGUCAUGAUAUCUAUUAUAAUGAUAUUGUGAACGUCCGAGAUAUAAUAGGUCUGAAAGAUCCACGACAAUCGAACAAAUCGUCAUUUAAACGGAAUGCCUUGGAAGAAGGAUACGCCUGGAUGCCAUCUGAUUUAUCUAAGGAUAAAAUCCAAGAAUACUUUGUUCAAAUUCCUUCUCAAAAAGUACCUCGGCUCAGAACUCCUGGGGAGAAAUAUCGUGAAAAACAACUCAUCUCUCAACUACCCAAGCAAGAUUUUUCUCCGCAUUAUUGCAAAUUUUUAGGAAAGGAAUAUCAACAACAAUAUGCAGAUUUCGUCAACGAACGACAGAGAACUGCACUCGAUAUUGCCUAUGUCAAAAGCAUUUCGGAGCAGACAUUUGAAUGCUAUCAAUGUGAAGGAAGCAUGAUUUCUGGAGAUAUAGCAGUGAUUGUGCCUAGAUUAGGUGAGAGAUAUCCUUUCCAUCCGGCUUGUUUCGUCUGUUUUGUUUGUAAAGAGCUGUUGGUGGAUUUGGCUUGCUGCGUAAAGGAUAAAAAAAUAUAUUGCGAACGUCAUUAUGCAGAACAGAUCCGACCUCGAUGUGCAGCCUGCGAUGAGUUAAUCUUUGCCGGAGAAUACACCAAAGCCAUGUCCAAAGAUUGGCACACUACUCAUUUCUGCUGCUGGAAAUGUGACGAUUCUCUGACAGGACAACGAUAUGUAUUGCGUGACGAGCAUCCCUAUUGCGUUCGUUGCUACGAGAGAUUGUUCUCCAACACCUGUGACGAGUGUGGGCGUUCCAUUGGUGUAGAUUCGAAGGAUCUUUCUUAUAAGGGCAAACAUUGGCACGAAGCUUGCUUUUUAUGCAGCAAGUGCCAUAAUUCAUUGAUAAACAAACCUUUCGGUUCAAAAGCUGAUAAAGUUUAUUGCACAAGUUGUUACGAUGCUGCUUUUGCUACCAGAUGCGAUAGAUGUGGAGAAAUUUUUCGUGCAGGUACAAAGAAGAUGGAGUAUAAGGGCAAACAGUGGCAUGAACAAUGUUUCUGUUGCGUCGUUUGCAAAAAUCCUAUUGGAACUAAAAGCUUUAUUCCCAGAGAUAAUGAUAUUUAUUGCACUACAUGCUACGAGCAGAAGUUUUCUACUCGUUGCAUCAAAUGCAACCAAAUAAUAACUACAGGUGGUGUCACAUAUCGCAACGAACCGUGGCAUCGGGAAUGUUUUUGUUGCGUAAAUUGCCAAGCUUGUCUCGCUGGAGAGCGUUUUACUUCAAAAGACGAAAAACCAUACUGUGCCGAAUGUUUCGGAGAAUUAUUUGCUAAGAGAUGCCACGCUUGCAACAGACCUAUUACAGGCAUCGGAGGAACACGCUUUAUAUCUUUUGAAGAUCGAAAUUGGCACAACGAUUGUUUUCUGUGCGUCAUGUGUAAGAGAUCAAUGGUUGGAAAAGGCUUCAUCUUCGAUGGAUCUGAUAUCCUAUGUCCCGAAUGCACCAAACAAAAGUUCCCCGUAUAAAUUAAUUGGAUUAAUUCUAAAAUAGACAAUUUAACAACAAAUUAUACAAAAUUCAACUGAAUUGGGAAGAAAUUUCAGAAGCUCAAUUUUCUAAAGUUUAUUUAUUUUGGCAUAACAAAAUUUUUUUUACUCUAAUUUAAUUUGUAGCUGAUAAAAUUUUUAAAAUAAU